UACUAGAUAUGGGACAGGGGAGCACGGGAAAAACUUCACAAACAGCUGGAACGGUAAAAUCGACAAAAUCAGUUGAAUUCUCAUCCCCAACGCUGAAAUCAACGACAACACCUGAAUUCUCAUCUUCAACAAUGAAAUCAACGACGACAACACCCAAAUUCUCUACAAACGUGACAACACCACGAAGCACGGCACCGUUACCCACUGAUCCCGGUGUUCCAACAUUAGUUUCAUAUGGUACAUGGUCAAUCUGGCCUGCGUGGUCCGACUGUUCAACUACGUGCGGAGAAGGUAACCAGAAAAGAAGCCGACAAUGCAACAAGCGAACAAAUUCAGAUCUUGAUUGCCCAGGAAACGAUGCGGAAACCAGACAGUGUAAUCUUGGAAAUUGUCCUAAAUGCGAUAGAAAGUGUGUUGGUAGCUUGAUACAAGAAGAUUGCCUCUCCUGUCAUUGUGUCACUAGUCCUUCACGCCACUUCCGGGUUGUCAACACGCAGACGACUCCGUUAGAGGGGGCUUCGGUCGCCAAAAAAGAUGUGGCUCAUACAAUUUUGGCUACAACAACGGGUGAUGGAACAAUAGAAAUCAAAAAUUCUUGCGUUGGAGAUGUGUAUGUUGUCAAAAAGGAUCGUUUUGUUGAUGCGACGGUUAAAGUAUCGAAUCAAACUGACUAUGUUGUCAGGAUGGAGGCUUUAGAACGCCUUGAAAUGAAGGAGCAUCCAAAAGACACGGUCGCCCUGGUAGGAGACAAUCGGACAUUAUCAUGCUUGGCUUCCGGUAAACCACAACCAAACAAAUAUGAAUGGUUUAAAAAUGGGAUUCCGUUGGAUCCUCAAGUGUAUACAGCCAAUGCUAAUGUAUUGCAUCUACAAGAUGUAGUAAAACAAGAUGGCGGCAUGUACAGCUGUAUGGCCACAUCGGACUAUGGUGUCGCGCUGUCUAAAUCUGCUCUUCUUAUUGUGAGGGAUAGUGGAGAUGACUUCUGUGAAACAACUCCGAAAGACUACAUGAAAGCCUUACCUAAAGAUUGUCCCCAGAGUGGUUCCGUUUUCCAUUACAACGUGCGACGCUGUGCAAAUAACGCAUGCACAAAGAAUCCUCAAACAGGAGAUGCGUCAUACUGCUGCGGUCCAACCAAGCAAGAAAAGAAGCAGAUUACGUGUAAUGGCUACCAGCUUGAUGUCGUUGAGGUUCUUGAGUGUGGUUGCAUCAUUUGCAACAAGGCAAACAUAGGAACAACAGUAACUACAAAGUCAAUGAAAGUUACAUUCUCUGGCAGGGCGUUCGAUUUGUCAGAUCCGACGACGGCACUAAGUUUUGGGAAAGUGUAUCUGAACGGUGAAAAUGUGGGCAGUACUGCAUUUGAUGGAUCAUUUAGCUUUGUCGUACCAAAGGAUAACCUACGUGUAGUGUUAACCUUGUCAGAGGAUUGGUCUACUAGAGGAUUUAUCAAUACAACAAAAGUUUUCUACAUUCCAGCAGGGUUCACGGGAACAUUUUACAGAGAUUAUCCAAUGAUGAGAGUCGGUAACAUAGAGAAGCUAUCUUCCUCCAUACAGAACACAUUAACACUGGCGAAGACGGGAACACAAUCACCUCUCGCAGAAGUCGUAAUUCCUCCAAAUGUAUUCUUCAAGGAAAACGGCGACCAGUACACUGGGGAGGUCAAAGCUGGUGUUCGUUUCAUUGACCCAAGAAACACGACAAAUUAUGAAAACAUUGUAGGUGAUUUGACUUACGUUGAUGAGAACGGACAAGUUGGAGGAUUACAAACGUUUGGAAUGUUUAACUUAGACUUUAAGGACACUGAAGGAGGUCAACUGGGUGUACAAGGUAUUGUUGAAAUGGCUAUUAAUGCUGAAUUCCUGGGUGUAAGUGACCCUGCUAUGAUGACAACAGAUGUGAAGUUGUGGUCGCUUAACUCGAACACCGGGCGCUGGGAACUGGAAGGUACAUUAACAAGGGGAACUGCUGUAAAUGGAAGAAGAAAAAAACGAUCCCAAUCAAACUAUGAUACCACGUUCUUCAUUGGUAAUGUCACUAUAACGGAUCGCUAUUGGUUCAACUUUGAUAACGAUGAAUUGAACUACUGUUAUGUCAAGAUGAAGACAUACACUGAUGCGUCACUUAAUACAGAACUCCCAUGGAACGCUGACACUGAGGCAACCGUCAUCGCCAUGGACUCAACUCAAACAGGACAAUGGGCCCAAGU